CUCUCCCAGAGCUGCUUUCUCCUGCCCCCCCUCCCUGAUUCCUCCACCGGCAGCGAUGCAGAUGGAAUACACUGAAGCUAACGUCAGACUCCGCAGAGUUAAUUGUAGUAAUUAAUGUCAUACUUCUGUUUCAUUUGCGAGGAUGGUGUCGCCCACUGAAGCCGGGUAAUCAGACUCAGAGGCCGGAGCGGCAGGGAAGGCUAUAUCUGCUUGGAGUUCAAGCAAGGACUCCUUGGUUAAAUAUCGGCCUCCGUGCAGGAUUCUAUUGGGCCAAUUGUGGAUAUUUUAGGGCGUAUUUGAACCGGAUUCUCUCGGCAGUGGAGGUGGCUUUAGGUGGGCUCGGUUCUUGAUGCCCGGAGGGCCGGAGGAUCCAACAUUAAGCAGCCCAGACUGCGGAGCCCCGGAGUAGGGCUCGAACACCGGGGAGUACAGAAGGAGUUAGUCUGUCUGAUUGGACUCCGUCGGGCCACCAGGCCCCCCCCCCACCAUGAACCCUAUGAACCAGAUGAAGGCGGGACUGGCCAACAACCCACACAGUGACGGUUCGUACCCUUAUGACCCCUCCGGCUGGCAGCAGCCCAACAAUCAGCCGACAGGAUCCCUCUCCGUGGUAACCACAGUCUGGGAAGUGACCAAUCCCUCAGCCAGCCAGGGCAUGGGAGGAGGAGUAAUGGGGCCCGGGGGCAACCCAGGCGGGGGUCCCAUGAUGCAGGGCCCUGGGGGUCCGGGCAUGGGCGGUGGGCCAGGAGGCUACAUGGGUCAGCAGGGCUAUGGAGAGCCCAGCAAAGGCUACAUGAACCAGGGCAUGUACGGCCGGAACACUGGCGGCUACGCUGGAGGACCGGGGGGGUACGCAGGGAGUUACCCGUCGAACCCCGGCGGCUCCAGAGGCUCUGCUGACUUCUCGCAGGCUGCUGCCGCCGCCGCCGUUGCUGCUGCUGCUGCUACGGCAACUGCCACCGCCACGGCAACGGUAGCCGCCAUCCAGGAGAAACAAAACCAGGAUAUGAACUAUGGACAGAUGGGAGGGCCGGGUUAUAACAACCAGUUCAUGUCCCACUCCGGCCCCCGCGGCCCACCUGGUAUGGCCCCUGGAGGUAUGGGCCACGGGCCAGGACCGAAUAGGGGCCCUCCUUCCAUGGGCCCCAUGUAUGGACCUGGGGGCGGCUCCCAGAGGGUCCCUCAACACCCAAACUAUGGCCCUGGACCACAGCAGGGUCACCUGAGACCCCCACAGGGCCUCAAACGGCCCUACAACUCCGAGUCGUUCCCAGGAAUGUCUCAGCAGUAUGUUGGUCCCAAUGUGCACGUGAUGUCCGGUCCUGGCGGUGGCGGUGGUUCCAUUCCAGGUUCAGGUGGAGGUGCUCAUGCGGGACCCGGUCCAUACUCUGGCCAAAAUAUGCAGUACCAUCCAGGUCUUGGUGGUCCAGGCCCCGCCCCUCAGCGAUCCAGCUCCUCCCCUUCAUAUCAGACCCAUAAAAUGCCCCUCCCACAGUACCCCCCCUCUGGACCCCCAAACUCACAGUACUACAAGCAGGAGCAGUUUAAUGGUCAGGGUGGAGGUUUGAGUGCUCUGAACACAGGAGGUCCCGGCGGGGUGUACAACUCCUUCAAUCAACCACCUGGGCCGGGUAGAGGCCUGCCUGGUUAUCCCUCCUCUCCGGUUCCUGGGAACCCGACUCCUCCCAUCACCCCCAGCAGCUCAAUGGCCCCGCCCUACAUGUCUCCAGGCAACAGUGAUGUCAAGCCGCCUCCCUCCUCCUUCCUGCCAGAUAUCAAACCCAACAUGGCCGGUCUGCCGCCUCCUCCUCCUACAGGUAACCCUAGCGACGACCUGCGGCUGACCUUCCCGGUGCGCGACGGCGUGGUCCUAGAGCCCUUCAGAUUAGAGCACAACCUGGCUGUCAGUAACCACGUCUUCCAGCUCAGAGACUCCGUCUACAAGACUCUCAUUAUGAGACCGGACCUGGAGCUCCAGUUUAAGUGUUACCACCACGAGGAUCGACAGAUGAACACCAACUGGCCUGCCUCCGUCCAGGUGAGUGUGAAUGCGACUCCUCUCACCAUCGAGCGAGGCGACAACAAAACUUCCCACAAGCCUUUGUACCUGAAGCAAGUGUGUCAGCCGGGCAGGAACACCAUCCAGAUCACCGUGACCGCCUGCUGCUGCUCUCACCUGUUUGUCCUCCAGCUGGUUCAUCGUCCGUCGGUCCGUUCAGUGCUUCAGGGUCUGAUGAAGAAGAGGCUGCUGCCUGCAGAGCAUUGUGUCACUAAGAUAAAGAGGAACUUCAGCAGCGGUUCCAUCCCUGGGACCCCUGGGCUAAACGGAGAGGACGGCGUGGAGCAGACAGCCAUCAGAGUCUCGUUAAAAUGUCCCAUCACCUUCCGCCGCAUCCAGCUGCCCGCCAGAGGUCACGACUGCAGACACAUACAGUGUUUUGAUCUGGAGUCGUACCUGCAGCUCAACUGUGAGAGGGGAACAUGGAGAUGCCCUGUGUGCAAUAAAACAGCUCUGUUGGAAGGUCUAGAGGUGGAUCAGUACAUGCUGGGAAUCCUCAUCUACGUUCAGAACUCGGAGUACGAGGAGAUCACCAUCGACCCGGUGUGCAGCUGGAAGCCGGUCCCUGUGAAGCCGGACAUCCAUGUGAAGGAGGAGUCUGACGGUCCGGUGCUGAAGCGCUGCCGGACCCUCAGCCCGAGUCACAUGGUCCUGCCUAGCGUCAUGGAAAUGAUCGCAUCGCUAGGCCCCGCCCCCUCCUCCUCUGCCUCCCCGAUGCCCUACCCUCCUCUAGGGGGCAGCAAUAACAGCAACACGCCUGACUACCCUGGACCAGGUACACGGGAGACAAGAUCUGAUUGUCUAAAAUGUUUAACUCCGUCCUAUCCUAGCCAACAUAGUUUCUCAGACUUCAGUGGUCCCGGGACUCCGGGAGUCGGGGGGGACUUCUCCUCCCCCGGUCCUCCCCCUCUCUCCUACCAGUCUGAGCUCUCCAGUGCCCUCCUAACUCCCGACAAACCACCCCCCCACCCGCUGGCUGGACAGAUGUCGGUCUCGAACCGUCUGGACUCCACUUCCCAUGGUGCUCCUCUCUCCCAGCAGCAGUCGCAGGGUCUCCACGGCAACUCUCAAAUGGGGGGCGGCAGCAACCAGAUGAUGCAGCGUAGCAACCAGAACCCCCGUCUCCAAGGCGACAGCUCCUUCGGUCUCGGGGGGUCAGCAGAGGGUCCUGAAGCGUCUCUGGACUUGCUUCCAGAGUUGACCAACCCAGACGAGUUGCUGUCGUACCUCGGACCUCCGGACCUCCCGAACAACAACAACGACGACCUGCUGUCGCUGUUCGAGAACAACUGAACACAUGCAAACACACACCUCCAGACAUGAGACAGAACUUUACUGUAAGAUAUGAACUCUUUCUCUCCUCGCCCGCCAACAUGACUGGCGGUCCAACAUGGCCGUCAUCUGCACAGGAUGGAGCGGAGGAUUAGAAGGAAACAAAAAAAAAACUUUUAAAUAUGAAAUCUCUUUGGUGUGUGACGAUGAUGGUAACUUUAUUUUAUUGUUUUUUUUUUUAUUCUCUGAAACUGUAUUUUGAUGUUUCCUACUCAUUCCCCGGAGUCGACAACCCUGCCGCUCACAGUAAGCUCUGACUGUUUCAAGUUGGUGACCACCACUGCUUUAAAGGAAAACUUCUGUAUUUUUUAACAGGGACCCAAUUUCCCCAUGUUUUGGUGUCUAACUGACAAAUGUUAACCAUUUUUUAAACUGGGUUAGUAUUGAGUGAGAGCUCCGCACUGUUGAGGUACCUCCACUAAAAGUUAUUUUCUAGCCACUGACAGGGACGGCCUACAUUGUUAUUACAUAACAUUUUAUUUCGCUUUAGGUUUUCAGUCGAGGUUGGUCACUUUUUACCAGAGCAGAUUAUAUAAAGCAUAUGAAAGCAUCGACUGCUGGAUUCUACCUUAUUUUACCCUUAAGCUGCAUUCACAUGAUGCAGGGUAAAGAUCAGAGGACAGUUGUAUGUAGCGAGCAGGGGGGGGGGGGGGGGGUAACCAUCGGAACAAAACGUUAUUCUGUCAGCUGCAACCCAAGGGACUUGGUAGCAAAUAAAAACAUGGUUCAAAAACAGGAUUAAAGGUGAAAAGCAGAUUCAACUUUCAUAUCUUUACAUAAAAGUACUUUGUAGCAAAGUAACACGGCUCGAGAAGCUGACACAAUAUACGAUAAGAAUAUAUUGAUAUAUAUUGUCACUAAUUUGCUCCAUUAUUUGUACACCGCCGUGGUUUACUGCUAAGAGAAUAAGACAAAAAGGUCAAACAAGAAAUAAUUGCCAAAAGAGGACGAAUUAAACAUCAGAUAUUAUUUUUAUUUAUAAGAAUACAUUAAAGCUACACGUUAACUUAUUACAGAAAGGUAUUUAUAGUCCGAUCUACUCAUGCCUUACAUGGGCAGUGAUAUUCUAAGCCUGUUAUUUUAAUCAUUCAGUUUUUUUUGCCAGCUGUCCCUCCUGCUUUUGGCAGCUGCAACUGUGUUUCCUUCAGGCUCAAUUAUGUGUUCUUCGUAUCUGUAAUGUUAUAGUUUGCUUUGCAUUAGUCAAAUAUGCUGCUCUGCUUAGAGUAGUAGUACUUGUCCAUGUUUGGGAUUGGUCAAUUUCGCUCUCUGCAUACAGACAAGUUUGUUCUCUUAGCUUAAUAUCACUCCAAUCAAAUCCCCAACUGUUCACUCCAACAACAAAAAAAGCUGUGUUCAAUAUGACUUGCUGAUUUAUCAAAUAUCACUUUUUCUACAUUUAAAUCUUCUGCUGAGGUAUUCCAAUGAAGCUUCAAAUAUCUUUCGUCAUAUUUAAUGACAUCUUCCUAAAUCCUCGAACCAAAUCCUUGACUUGAAUAACGUUUCUUAAAUUAGUUGGUGUUCUUUAUUAAAUCAGCGUUCUAUAAAUUGGUAUAACUCAUCAGUUAUGUAAGAUGCCAGCCACCUUUUGUGCCGAAGGGAAAGCAAUAGUUUGGCCGUAGUGAAAAAGUUGGUCGAAGGGCUCGACGUCAAUAAAUAUGAAUUCAAGCUUAAAAUGUCCUAGAUAAAGACAUGCUGUGAAAACAUAUCUAUAUUUUUACAUGAACUCAAAUAGAGUUAUUGGACAUUUUUGGAUAACACGGAAACUAAAAAAGGGCUCAUCGCUCAAUGUAAAAUCCUUAGGCUCAAUUUCACUCCCCCCUCAGUGUGUUUCUAUAAAUAUAAUAAGGAUAAAGAAAAUCAAAUGUAUUUACUUUAUAUUUCCCAUGAUCCGUCGUUUUUUCUUUUUGUUUUUAAACCUGCUGAAGGACAAGUCUCCUUCUGUAAUCUAGCAAGAGAUGACUUGUCAAAAGCGGCUAACUAUUCAGCCGUACAUCAAUAAUCUUUUGAUACCUCUUUCUGUACCCACACUCAACUCUCACUCACCACUUUCUUCAGAAAUCAAGUCACCUCACGUCAGAUUUAAGAACCGGAGCCUGUCGGGGACAAAACUAGCUCAGCUAAAAACACUUGGAGGACGCACAUCGACGGGGCUAACUGGCUGCAGCACUCUUACUCAAUACUGGACCAGACUAAAUGAAAUGUUGUCCUCAUUAGUCACUAUAGCCCUAUUAGCACGGGACUAUUGUGACCUGGGGACUUCUAGUAGUUUGUAAUGAGUGCAGAGAUCAUCUGUGAUCAUAACCCCCCGAGUCUGCCACGUUUGAAUUGGUCAAUUCAAAAUGUCACCUAAAGUUGCCGACCUUAUUUUAUUUCUGUUAGUUCUGUGUGUUGACAUUUAUUUUGGUUCUUUUGCAAUAUAUUUGUUCCCAUGUUUUUUUGAUUGGGUCCAUCUGAAAUACUGGUCCUGUGUGAACCAGUUUUCAGAUACACACACAAAAAAGUGAGACAAGAUUGAAAAAUACAGAAGUUUUCCUUUAACCAGACACACACACCCCACUCCCCCCCCGUCACUGCUGAUCAUCCAGCAGCUUUUACACUUCUCUUCAGCAGGUUUCAGUUAAUUCCUACCAGUCAGAUUAAUUUAAUGUUGAGCAGAGACGGGAUGUGAGUUGUGAUGAAUGAGCGGCGUGGUCCUUUUAAAGGCAGAGUGUUUCUGGUCCACACGUUUUAAAUGUAAAGGUAUAAAAAGUAGAAAAUUAGCUUUAAAGGAGCAUCUGUUCCGUCGGACAUUUUUGUUUGUUUUUCAUCUGAGAUAUGUGGAGACACUGAAGGCACCAUUUACACCCAGCAACAGCGACCAAGCUUUUUCAUGUUCAUUUUUAUUUUGUAUUCUCCCACCAUUGAUUGUUACUGUUGUCAUGGAUUUGAAGUUUCAUCUUAAAUACAGAACUGCAAAUAAGUAUCGUUUUUUUGUUCUAAAUGUCGGAUGUUAUUCUUUUAUACAUGACAGAUAACAUGGUAAGAAUAUUUUUUGUAGAACAACAAUGUUAAAAUGUUCUUUAAAACAACCAAUCAAUUCAUUUGUUUUCCACUUUUGAUCCAUCGAUUCAAACAGGAAGUUAUAUCCAUCCCCUGAUCACUCCGUGUAUUGUUUAGCUGUUGUGUGACUGAAACAGUAAGUUAAUCAACUGUUUAAUUGUCCGCAACCAUUUAGAUAAAAUGUCAAAUAAAAGUCGGAAGAAAAUAGGUUCCAUUUACCCAAAAUGUCUAUGCGAUAUCUCUGGAAAUCUUGUUUUUUCCCAACAUACAGUCCAAAUUAUAAUAACCUUUAAUUUCUUCAAAAUGUUUUGUCAUGUAGGCGCUAUUUAAGUUAAUCGGCCAAUUGCGGUUCAUAUCUGCAUGUAUCCAAAUUUCCCUGGCAACGCAACCGCAAAGUUUUGUGAUGCCAAACCAGGCCAGCGGCGUAAAUGAAGGGAAGGAGGCUCCUCCGUUGCUUCACACACCCAUCUGCCGAUACAUUUUGAUCUCCAAAGUAGAUUAGUCAAAGAAAUCCGACAGACUCAUUAUGUGAAAACAAUACCAGCGUCAUGGUUAGUAAAUCCGCAGUAAUGGGAUUUAAAGAAAGAUAGAAUGGAUCACACUACACGUUGGGUUGCUGAGUGUAAAUGAGUGUUAAGUGACAUCUGGAUAGACAUCUCUCAGUAUAAAGCUUUUGUAAAAGUUUUGUCAUGUGAACUCUGGGGCUUUUAACCUGGAGGGUCGUUGGUGUUCUCACUCCUGCAGUCAAGUCUUUUGGUGAGGUUUAACUCACCCACCCACCCCAUCAUGGCACAAAGACAGUCUAUAGAGCAACUUGUUUUGGCACAUUUGUUUUGACAACCUUCACGAAGAACGGUGAUGUUAACAGCAGAAGAAAAAUAUGUGACAAAAAGCUUGGAAAGUUUCUGUUAAUGCCUAGAACUGUUGCUCUGAGAUUACAGAGCUCCCCCGAGAGCCGUUUGUUAUGUUCGAGUUACUGAGGGGUCAUCUUCAUCCUCCUCCUCAUUAUCCUGUUUGUUGUGAAGUGACUACAGUCCUGACAGUUGUGGUGUCUCCAUGUCUCAAAAAUAAAUCUGUACAUGAUCACACUGUAUGAUUUAGUAAUAAUGUCAAUGACAAACCAUUUGUAAUUUAAUAAACACACACUGGAAAGACACACAGUGGCUAUUUUAAUAGUCAGUUAUGCAUAAGCUGAAUGAAAUGUUUGCGAAGAAGUCUGGAGGAAAAAACAUGAAAAAUAAUCAAAAGGAAGAUUACAUUUAAAAUCAGUUAUUAAUCCCAUGCUGAAAUAUAAAACAUUACAGCAGCAGAGGUAUUAGCUAGAAUUUGCUAGAAUUAUUUUAAACCAGCAGAAAUACCAAAUAUGAUCCAGUUCUAGCUUCUCAUAUGUGCUGCUUUUCUCUGUUUUGUAUCACAAUAAAUUAAUAUCUUUGUAUGUUG